AUGUACGGCAUGUUACUGGAGAGCGUGGAACACUUUCUCAAGGAAAAAUACGGCGAAAAGAGCUGGAAUUUGAUCCGCCUUCAAGCAGGAGUCAAAAACCAUGUAUUCGUUACGCACGAGCGUUACCCGGAUAAUCUCAUGUUGGACAUCGCUCGUGCUGCCUCAGAGGUCGUUGGAAAACAAAUGAACAUGACCCCGGAAGAUUUUAUUCAGUUCUUCGGAGUUUGUUUCGUGAAUUUUUUCAGCAACUAUGGCUACGAUAGAAUUAUACGAGUCAGCGGAAGACAUUUUAGGGAUUUUUUAAGCGGGAUUGAUAACUUGCAUGAACACAUGCGUUUCGCGUACCCAAAGCUACAGUCGCCUUCGUUUUACUGUACUGAAGAAACAAGCUCAGGAUUAGUUUUGCACUACAAGUCUAAACGCAAGGGAUUUGUACGCUAUGUUAUAGGGCAAGUCAUGGAAAUCGCAAGGACGUUUUACGACAUAACGCUUGAGGUUAAAGUGCUCGAAAACCUUUCUUCAGACGCUGGAUGUCACAUUAUAUACCAACUUUACUUCAAUAACUCCGCUUUUAGAAAGCCUCUUAGCGCGGACUUGUUGUCUUUUCGAGAAAGACGUGAACUGUCUUGUGAAACUUUCUUUAAUAUCAUGCCUUUUAGCUUCGUCGUGUCAUCUAACAUGGAAAUUUUAAUGGCUGGAGCAGCUUUACUGUCCACGCUUGGAAACGUCUUGAUUGGCAAUCGCGUAGACGCUGUUUUUUCCUUAAGACGACCACGAAGGGAAUUUUCAUGGGAAAACGUAAGUGCUCUGACUAGAAGGAUACAUCUGCUUGCGGAGUGUGUUAAAAAAAUUAAAUGCUUUUAAAUAUGUAAUUGCCGUCAGUGGAUGAAUAGACACGCUAAUGGUUUUUGUGUCAGUUUGUCAAAGUGCUUGAGCGAGAUUAGUUCUUAAGUAUCCAUUUCUGUGCAAAAUAAAUUUAAAAAAUGGGGAACAAAACUGAAAAUGCAACAGUGAAAACGGCAGCAUUUAUAACCAACGAACACCGCAAUAACAAAAACAUUUUUGUAAAAAAAAUUGGCGGCGCUGUUAAGCUACUCGAAAAUAUUAGUAACUUCACUUGGAGAAGAAAAUGAAAGGUCUGAAUCGAUUGUUUAAAUAAAAUCGUCUAGUUUCAGUCAUCUUGUUUCGGUUCACCCCGCAUGAACAUAAAUUUACCAAAAAAAGAGGAAAUUUUGUUGUCCUUCGCACGUCGUCACGGGAUGUUUUUAUUCGUUUUGGUCGAGAGAAAUGCUUGUCAUCUUUUCGUAGUUAGCUAGACCAUAACAAGAAUAUAAAGGCAUUGCAAGAUGUUUUUAACCAAAAUAUAAACAACUUUGUCAGAUGAAAAAUCUUAUUUUACAAAAUAAUUACAGUCCUUCUCUCUUUUUGUUGGUCGCAAAAGGUAUCCUCAGCGCGUGUAAAGGACAUUGAUUUGACUACAAUUUGCUGUAAUCACAAAAACUGUGCUAAUCAAUAGUGACCUUUAGUAAAUUGUCUAUCUCAAAAAGUAAUAUAUAUAAUUCAAGGGCUUCAGUUCACCGGUUAAAUUACCGCAAGAGAGCCAUUCUUGAUUACGGGAAAGCAUAACACUUUGACAAUUCAAGUUCAUGGGGGCCCUUGCUUUUUUGCUUACUUAAUUAUUUAUUCAUUUAUUUAUUUAUGUUAUUUUUUCAUCAGUCUGAUUUUUCAUCGAAAAACAAGAAAUUGGCUUGGUCUGCGUACGUUCCGUCCAUUAGAUUUUUCUUAAAAAAAACGAAACUUAAACAUUAAGAAAUUAAAUAUAUCAAUUUUCAAUGUCUAAAUUCGAGAACUAGAAAAAUUGAAAUAGACUUUCGGCUUUAAAAAUCAAAAUUUUGCAAAAUUGCCAGUGAGUCUUUAAUUCCAAAAAAGAAAAAGAAAAAUGAAAGUCGUUUUAAAUUUUGACUUUUUUUUUAGCUUGUUAACGAGACAAAACUGUAUGUUUAUUCCCCUCUUGUUUCCGGCUAUUUUGUCAAAAAUUGAUAAAAUACGACCACGGAUAAACAUGCUAUUGCGCAUGAUCAGUACCAAGUGACUGUUUAUUUCUCUCUCGCGUGCAGUCCUUCAGCUAUGCGGUGAGUUGUUAAGCUGUUUCGCCCAGUCGCGACUACCGAGUACAUUUUGAUCGCAUUUAGCUGUUUCAGUAAUCCUAGAAUCUCGUUUUUUCGCCUUAAAGUUCUCUAAUCGACCUGCUUUGAGUGAGCGGGAAGCAAAAUAUGUAAUUUGUUUCUACUUUCUGCUCAAAUUUACUCUUUAUAUUCAAACCACUUGGGGCUGUGACUACAUUUUUAUUCUGAAAACUAUCAUGAGUUGAUUAAGCACAGAAUUCGGACUGACGACCGAGAACAGAAAUUCAUGCAGGUAAUUAAUUUUCUCUUAGCACCAUAAUUGCUAUAUGUUUCGGUUAUGCAAGUUAAAAACAAGUGCGAACAUUCUUCGACAUAACGACAGAACAAAGAACCAAUCCGCAGAGCGUCUUAAAAAGUGUCAGAGUUAGUCUCCUUCAGGCAUUGACAAUUCUUAAUAAGGCGGCUUCAGGGAAGGAUUUUGUUGGUAGAGAUGUUAAUGUUCAUGAAGAUAUUGACGAAUUGCUAUCAGGAAACAGUUUGAAAAUAGCUGUCUUUUACGACAAAACUUUAAGGACCACAAAAUGAUGAAUAAACCAAAAAAACGUCAGACGGUCUACAAAAUGUUUUGAAGCUUUUGUUGACAUCGUCGUCUCUGUUGUCUCAAGGAGAGUCUUCUUCGCCAUCCAUGACGUCAAUGAUUUUUCGUAAAUUUAAAACAGUAGAGUAGAAAUCAAGAAGCCUUUUCCUUGUUCUUCAGCGUGUCUUCCGCCGAAAGACAGUGAGAUUAGUUCAACUAUUAAAAUAAUUUUCUUUGUUUUGUUUUGUUUUCUUUCUGUUUUUUAUUUUAUGUUCAAUAUGUUUAAAGUGUGUAUUGUGGCGCAGUGGAGAGAUCACUCUUUCCUCAGUUCCACUAAUGUGCACUAGGUUUAAAACUUCAAAUCCCGUUGGCCACGACGUGACGUCGACGUCUCUAAAGUCCUGAUUAUUAGCGGGCCUCGAUAGAAAUAAUGUUGCUGUUUGCAUUCAAGAUAGAGAGGCUUAAUUCAAUAGUUUUGCUGAUAACAUGGCAUCCAUCUAAGAGAUUGCUUCCGACCAUCGUAAUCAUUUCGCACGUGGAGGAAAAAUAAUCAUGACAUCGUUGGAAGAGUUUAAAGGAAUAGACACUUUCUUUGUGAGCGAAUGGUUGAGGCAGAAAGGCCUUGAAAAACUCAGCGAGAUAGUUGAAAGCAAAUAAAAGAUGAAAGCUUCGUGUUUUGUGUGAUCAAAGCGACGAUUGAUACGUUGAGGGAACGGUUCCAUCGUCAUUAUGAGAAAAUACUCAUGUUAAGCUCGUGGGUUGUUUGUUUAUCAUUCAAAAUUUUAAAUACCUUCGAAAAUGAGAAAGGUAUUGUUAAAAUUCUCGUUAAUAGUUUUGUCAUUGAUAUUUAUCAGAUCGAUAUGAUCUUUUUUGCAAUAAUUACAACUAGCGGCUCGGGAGCGAAUCGCGAAGGGUGCUUUACGCGUUUUAUUACAUAUUUAUUUUAGAUUAUAACAAAUUUCCUAUUAAUACGACAUUUGCAGCUUAUUUACUGGAAAUAUUGACUCGGUUGCCUACCACCAAGCCGUUCCAUUACAUUUUGAAUUAUUUCGUUCUGUUCGGUGGUUCUCUUUUUAUACCUAGUCUCACAGUCACAUAUUGGCGAGCCGUUUUACUGAAAUUCAUCCUUGCACGAACCGCACUUUAAAGACCCGAAAAAUAGAAAUUGUGCGAUAGCUGUUAAACUGCUCAUCAUAAUGCCAAUGGGCUUUUAAAACUGCAUUCUGUCAAAUAGUAAGCGUCGAUCGAUAAGAGGUAUAUGUACAUUUUGAGCGCUGGUACACGCGCGGCGCUUUGCGCCGCGCGUGGGCGGAGCCCCAUAGCUAAGGAAAUGUGGUAAUCUACCCAUCCCAGAAAAUUUGGCAAUCACGUGACCGUACACCGAGCGAGCGAGCGUGCGACCGUCCGUCUGCACCACAGGCAUACCAUUGUAAAAUAACUCAUACACAAUCAACAGGUAUGGCAACCCAAAUGCAACUCAAGGUUUUAUUUGGAAGGAAAUCGAAUGGCCGCCCGGACGUUUAGAAAGAAAAACCAACAACAAAGUCGUGUCCUUUUCGGCGUUUUUUUUUAUGUUUACACUAACGUGGAUAACAGAGAAACAGCUAGAGCGAGUUAUUGAAAACAAAGGACACGAAUUUCGUAGGGAGAAAAACAUGGAAAUUCAAAGCGGCGGUGAGAAAAUGAGAAAUGCUAGCGGCCAGAAAGGUGAAAAUGAGCGGCGGUGAAAAAUAAAAGCGAACAUGAGCACAGGAAACAAAAUAUUGGGUAAACACAUACUACAAUUCCUCCGUAAAAAUGAUGUGUAACCAGAAAGUUUGACGUUUUAGUCGUACAAAAAAGCGUUGUAGUCGUGCAAAACAACUGCAAGGGAGAGACAAAAAAGCGUGCUGCACGUGCAAAGUUGCUUUUUGCUAAUUAGAUCUAUUAGUCUUGAAGCCAUUUUCAUUGUCGUCCCCGUUUAGCAUUACAUGAUUUAAUAUUUUUUUAUGAGUAUAUUAACCAGAGCUUCGCUUUUAGCCCUCACUAAAUGUAUGUAUUAGGUAUAUCUAUGCUUACGUACGUGCUUACGUAGUAUACCUAGAAACGGUCAUUUGGCUUGCUGUUAAUAUUAGUUUUUCGAUUCAUUACUCACUUGUAUAUUUUGUUUUCCGUAUUUCGUGAACGUGGUGAAACCUGCUUCUUCUCUCUUUAGAUCAAAACUUGGAAUGUAAUUUGCGAGCUUGUUGCGAAAAUUUCCUGUGUAAGGACCUACAGAGUCAAAAAGCCGCUAUUGAGGUCUGUCAAAUCUAUGGACAGAGAUGACUUGACUUCGUCACUUACGCAAUCGACAGAAAGUAAUCUCGAAGCAACCUCAACAACUAACUCACAAAUUUGUAAGUCAAUGAAUUGCAAGAAAAUUUAUCCAGAUAUUAUCGAAGAAUUUGGACACCCCAGCAAAGCAGAAUAUCAAUACAAGCACGUGACUAGACGGAACAGCGCGGAUGUAUCACGGAAUGGAGUGUUAACGUCCAGGUUGCGCGACAAAGAUUAUUCCGCGAAAAUUCUGAAGCACUUACAUUUGAAAGGUCAUGUAAAAUAUCUCAAGAAGGAGGACGUUGUUCUGUUUGUCUGCUCACCUAUGUAAGUAGUGGAAUAAUAAGCAUCUGAAACUCUUGCCUUGGUUUCGCAAGUUAUAAAUUAUUGUAUUUACCCAUUUAAACCCCGCAGAAAGAAGCUGGAUUACCAAUAAACACUGCAUCCAAUCAGAAGAAUGCGGCGUUUAUUAGAGGAUUGUAAGAAAAUAAAUUCGAUACAACUAGGCAUUCUACAUAAUGAAGACAAUUACGAUUCUGCCCCAGCAAAAAAGAGAGACUUUUGAACUAUAAACACUUUUCUGUUUUACAUAAUAUUUAAAUAUGAUUUACUGUUCCUAACCGUAAUUUUUGUGAUUUUGAAAUAAACCCCGCCCUUGAAUAAAAGACGCAUCAGAAACAAUUAAAAUUUAAUAAACGCUGUGGUGUUUAAUCGAAUCAAUACGUUAGAUAAUAAUAACUAUUAUAGUAACAACUUAAUCUAAGGUAAAGAGGAAUUCUCACCUAUAAGUCUUCAUGGCUCAUUGAGACUUCCUCGCCUUUUGAGAUUCUUUUCUUUCGAUAUGUGUAUAUUACGUGUAAUUUAAUGUUUUUCACCCCUUCAUUUAUAUGUAAAAAAGGCCGAAAAAUCAAUAAACAUCAAUAAGUACACUGGUUUGAAUCUGGGCUACAGGUCGAAUAUGUUACCAUGGUUACUUUGGCUAAGAGUAGCUCUAAAAAAGACUUUUGACCUGAUUGCAUUAUCUUCUAGGAUAGCAGGUGUGGAUGAAAUGGCUAGGAGUGGAAUGUACAUGAGUGACCUCGGAAUGUAUGAUUCAUCUCAAGAAAUGGUUCUUUCAGGAAUACAACCCUUACCACAGCUUGAAUAUGCACGUGAUCAGGUAUGAAUGAGGCCGACUUUUAAAGUUGCCUGUAAAUGCAAGCGCCUCUCAUCGCUUCCGGUCGAAGUCGCUGGAGAGCCAGGAAGAGGCGACGGGCUCUGAAAAUGUCUGAAAGCAGGAGGUGCAUGCAAUUGAACUAAUUUUGAUAUGAGCCUUAAUAAAAGACAAAUAAUUACCUGAAACAAUUUUGAGCUCCACGAGAAUGCACUUAGCACUAGAAAGCACACUCACUUGAAGUUAUGACUUCAGGAGCAGUCUUACGGGUUGUUGACGUCAAACAUGAAGAUUGCCUUCGAUUCCUUUCAGUUUACAAACCUGUUUCAUGCUGAAAUCGUUAAGAUUGGACGAAAAUUUGUCGAAAAAAGCCACUUUGAAUGACACAAAAUGUUUAACAAAUCGAUAUCACAACGCCUAGCAAAUUUACUUAAUGGCAAGGACCGGCGAAAUGGCCCAUUAGUCGAAUCAAGUCAAGGGAGUUGCCGGCCAGGCUUCUGAAAAAAAAAAAAAGAAAAGAAAAGAAAAGUGUACAAUUAUAGGAAACAAUUACGUAAGUUGGAACUGAACGGCAGAACUGAACCUGAUGCCUCAACGUGGUAAUUACACCCCUGCGGAUGAAAACUCGCCAACUUAUAGUUUGUAUGUGCCCGAGCAGCUUUAAUACCAUAUCUAGAUACAUAAAUUGACGAAAAUUUCUUUCUUUCUUUCUUUUUUUCUAAAAUCAAAGUUGUUGGAAAGAGGAAAAACACUUGAGGAGAACUUACGGAAACUAGAGGAGGAACGGCAGAGGAGCGAGCAACUGCUACAUCGCAUGAUGCCAAAAGCCGUUGCUGAUAGACUAAGAGAUGGACAGAAAGCAAUUGACACUUGUGAGGUACAGUCUGUGGUUCUUUUUUCUGUGUUUGGGUGCGGAAUUUGAUCAGUGGAACAGAUCGCAAAAUAAAGAAGUAACGUGUAUCUGUUAAUUGUAUCUGCUAUUUUUGCAAGUGAUGGUCAUCUAGCUUGCUCUAUAGUUCUACGAUGCGCUUGGUUGAUUUAAGAGAUUUCAAUAAAAGGGGCUUAUAGGGUCUUUGCAUACUGUCUAUAUAAUAGCUUGUGCACUCUGACUGCUUUUAACAUUUUCCAAUGUUAGUGUUCAAAUCGUCUUCAAUCAGAAGUACUUAUUACAGUCUUAAGUUUACUGGAAGCCUCAAUUAAUGUCCCAAUCUGUGCUGCUCCAUCAAUUGUCCCGUAGGUUCAGUACGUUAGGGAGGAGGGUAUUGAGACCUCAGGGUGUUUAUAUCAAAGCGGACAUUUUAAGAAGGCUUUCUCUUUUAGCUAUGGGCCGUUUCUGAGGCCAUAAAAGCAAUUUUAUUUUGCGGUGCGAGCACUAUUAUAACAGCAGUUUUAAAAACGUGUGUGGGAGUACCGCUGACUAUGAAACGGCUCUACACUUGAUUGAUGUUUUGAUUGUCUCCAUUUUCUUCUGCUGUCUACAAUGGAUUAUGAAUCAACACAAGCUUAAAGCCUGUUACUUUGUUAGUAUUUUGAUAGCGUCACCAUCAUGUUCAGCUACUUAGAUGCCUUUGAUCACAUUUGCUCCAAAGUUACUCCAAUGGAGGUCGUCACAUUGGUUAACAGAAUGUUUUUGACCUUUGACAAACUGAGCGAGAAACACGACGUUUACAAGGUAAAACUUUGGACGCAAAAAACUGAUUUGUACACAUUUGCUCCUUACAAAUUGGUCGAAAAAAAUGUAAAAACUGAGGAGAGUAAAUCUGGGGCAAAGAUGGUAAAUGCCACUUUUACCACAAAACAGGGGGUGUACAUGUUUAUGUGGUGUUUAACAUUUUUGCCCCAGAUUUACUCUUCAAAUUUCACAAUUUUGCGACAUAUUUGCAGGAAGCAAAUUUGUACAAAUCCAUUUUUUCGUCCAGCGAAAGGGUGUGUUCCUUAGACUUCGAAACUGCAAAAGAAGUUAUUAAGUCUUAAAAAGACAAGGUAAAAAUUACUGGAUUCUGUGCAAACUUAAAAUGAUGUACACUUUACCGAGAAUGCCAAAUUACAACUAAGCUGAACAGUGAAAGAUGAAAGUCACCGACAGGACCUUAUUUACUUGCCAUCGUCGAACUUUCAGAGAAUUUUCAUUGACAUCACUCAGUUUUAUUUCUGGCUGAUAUCAUUGGGGUUGAAAUAAUUGAAGGGCUAUAUAUACAGCUUUGCUUAUAGCUUGGUAGACCGUCUCAAUUAGCAAUGAACAUUGGAUAUUUUUUUCAAUGAUCAUUUACUUAGCACACUUUUCACAGUGCCCUAUUUUUGCCGUGAGAUCGNUGCCUUUGAUCACAUUUGCUCCAAAGUUACUCCAAUGGAGGUCGUCACAUUGGUUAACAGAAUGUUUUUGACCUUUGACAAACUGAGCGAGAAACACGACGUUUACAAGGUAAAACUUUGGACGCAAAAAACUGAUUUGUACACAUUUGCUCCUUACAAAUUGGUCGAAAAAAAUGUAAAAACUGAGGAGAGUAAAUCUGGGGCAAAGAUGGUAAAUGCCACUUUUACCACAAAACAGGGGGUGUACAUGUUUAUGUGGUGUUUAACAUUUUUGCCCCAGAUUUACUCUUCAAAUUUCACAAUUUUGCGACAUAUUUGCAGGAAGCAAAUUUGUACAAAUCCAUUUUUUCGUCCAGCGAAAGGGUGUGUUCCUUAGACUUCGAAACUGCAAAAGAAGUUAUUAAGUCUUAAAAAGACAAGGUAAAAAUUACUGGAUUCUGUGCAAACUUAAAAUGAUGUACACUUUACCGAGAAUGCCAAAUUACAACUAAGCUGAACAGUGAAAGAUGAAAGUCACCGACAGGACCUUAUUUACUUGCCAUCGUCGAACUUUCAGAGAAUUUUCAUUGACAUCACUCAGUUUUAUUUCUGGCUGAUAUCAUUGGGGUUGAAAUAAUUGAAGGGCUAUAUAUACAGCUUUGCUUAUAGCUUGGUAGACCGUCUCAAUUAGCAAUGAACAUUGGAUAUUUUUUUCAAUGAUCAUUUACUUAGCACACUUUUCACAGUGCCCUAUUUUUGCCGUGAGAUCGUAGAGAUCGAGCACUGGUAUCCCCCUGGCUAGACUCGGUACAGCUGGCCGCAAUCGUAUCAAUAACCGCUCAGUCUUGAGAUCGAUCUACUGCAAAAAGGGGACUUUGGAAAGCCCAUCAUUCACAAGAUAAUGUUUAUAAGCCAAUUAUAGACCAAGAUACUUUGGAAUUCUUUAGUUUGAGACCCUUGGAGACGCUCAAUACAUGGUAGUCAACGGUGUACCAGUAAGAAAGGACCACCAUACUGAGUCUGUGGCUGCAAUGGCUUUAGACAUUCUCCAAUCGGUAAAAGAACUGAAAGACCCUUCUACAGAGGAGCAAUUGACUGUAACUAUAGGUGAGAGAUUUGACGGAUACCACAUGCUUACUUUUGCGUAUUUAUUUUUACACUUGAUCGAGUUUCUUCUACAUUUUAAGGCUAGGCUAGGGUCUCAAACUAAAAUAAUCUUUAGCCGAUGAGAUGUGAAGCUCAUGGAGUCACACUCAGCUAAAAAGUAAGCUUUUCGAGCGUCGAUUCUUCUGUUUGGCUUAAGGAACUUUUUUUUCUUUCCAAGUGUAAUACAGCCAUAAACCAUAAUUGAAACUCGUUUGAACUCAACUAAACUGUUAGUACUAAAUACUCUGUCAUUAUGUUUGUCAGUUAAAAUAUUUUCAUGAUGUCGGUCCCCGGUAGCUCAGUCUUGCAACAUUAGAGGUACACUAAGUAAAUGUUGAGUACGAUUAGCAUGACUUCAAUUCAAUCUAAGAAAGAUUACAAGUUAUCAUUCUUACUAAAAGGAGUACCUAGAACCUUUGGUACUUUUGAUCCGUUAGUUUGUUAGAAGAAUCUUAUUUAUUGCAAGCCCGGGGGGGAUACUCGAUAUAUCCUUGGGUGGGGAGGUGCAGCCCGGUCCCUUAUACCCUGACCCUGUUUAAGACAAAAAUCGUUGAUUUUCCAACCUGUUUAAGUCGGAAUUCCGAUUUUUGAUACCCUGUUUAAGACAUUCGUAGAACAUACGCGUAGGCUGUUUAUAGUCCAAGAAAAGAUACCCUGUUUAAGACAAAAACUGAUAAAAUCGAUACCCUGAUUAAGACAAAAAAUGAUAAAAUCGAUACCCUGUUUAAGACAAAAAUUCCGAAAAACAUACCCUGGCUGGCCGCACGUCCCCAUUAAGCCCUUAUAAGGGAGUACCCCCCCCCCCGGGAUUGCAAGUGAUUAUGGCCAAGUUUCAAUUAAUUGUUGGACUACAAAGGUAAAAAACUAAUUUUCUUGCGAUGUUUCUUUAGCGUAAUUAAAUUUUAUUCUCGUUUUCUGUGUUACUUCGCAGGGAUACAUUUAGGUCCAGUGGCGGCAGGUCUUGUCGGGGAAAAGAUGCCACAAUACUGUUUAUUUGGCGACAGCGUAAACAUUGCAGCCAGACUUAGAACAACUUCGUUGGUAGGUAUUCUCAAUCUUUCAGUGACAGAAUAUAUAUACAUGUGUGCAAAGGGGGCUAUUUUGAGCUGGUAAUAUGCGGUUGGGCCAUUUAGUCCCAAGAGCCAGGCUGUCUCCAGCAAUCCUCGCGGCUUAGUAAAAUGCUCCCAGUCCCAAACCCUCAAACUUACAAACAGUGAGUCCCUGGCCGUUAUACAAACGUCAGUGAAAGUGACACCAUCUACUCAGCCUCGGUAUAUAGAUAUUUUCACUAGACCGUCGAACACCUCUGAACUAUGAAAAAUCAACAUGAUCUGGCUGUUAGGACACACUACAACGGCCAUAUCCAGCACUGUAUGUUACAUAUACACCACGAAGCCUCAAAAGCCAACCUUCAUUUCCAUGGAAAGUCAACUCGAGCUAUUCUCUUUGCUUGCACUGAUGUGUCCUUUCCUGAGACCGCGAUGACGCUUUUCAGCCUAAACGCCAUUGAAACCCAUCUAAGCACCACCCCCUUGAAACUGUGCUUAUGACCAGCCCUGGACAUGCAGUGUCUGUUUUCCACUAGCGUCUCUGGUUCUUUGGAAGCAGGUGGUAGUCAAAGACAUUGGGUGGCAGCUUGACACAGUAAAAGCAGUUACCAUGUCGAUCUCCUCCAAAGCAGAAAGACCAGCCUUCCUCGGGUCUUCACAACACACUUUUUAUUGGUAAACCGGCGGAGUGGGCUGACACCCAUUCUUAAAUAACCCUUAUCUUCACUUACUUGCAGAUGUGGAAAUAACUAUUUAUCUCUGGUCCCAGGUUAAAAGUUAUAUUUCUACGGAUAGCUCUCAAAGAAAAUAUCAACUUAGCUUUUGCCUUGAUUGUUGAGUCCUAAGCUGUGACGCUUCCAUUUCAUCUCAGUACUUAUACUUGUUUAAGUCAAAAGAUAAUGUUCCUGGCCUGCAACAACGGAGCAAUUCCAAUUAACUGACGGAUCGGACCCCUAAUUGGACAGCGCGUCGGUCUCGGUGUAUUUUCUUCAAGUGUCGUAGGAGAGCAAUCGUUAGAUCAUUGAUCAAGAUUGCAUCAAGAGCAACAUAAAAUAUUGUUAAUGUUUCAUUAUUUGGUGAACUGUGAUUUUUUUUUCAGCCCAUGAGGAUUCAUAUUAGUGAAAGCUGUAACGAGUCUUUGAGAGGGACAGAUUUUGAAACAGAGUUCCGUGGAUUGACAGAACUUAAGGUUUAGUUUCCUGCUGUACAUUGUUUAGUUGCCUCUUCUUGAUCGGUCGGGGUAGUAGAAACGUUUAACCACAAAACGCCACUGGCCGUUUUGUCUCUUUGUAACCAGGAGCCAUGAUGGUCCCAUUGUGGCUCUUGUUGUAACCCAUUUGCACAUUCGCAAAGAAGUUUCUUGAACGUUGGACUAAAGACCUUCAAUGACGAAAUUACCCAAGCAAUGUUUUGUGCAAUAAAACCUUGUCACAAUACGUAACACAAAAUUUGGUUUUUUGAACAGGGAAGAGGGAAAACGAGAACCUACUGGCUGACAGGAAGAAAAACGCACAAUCCAGCAGAAACUCCGCCUAAGGGAUCAACGGAUAAUAACAUGAAUCUAAAUAGCUCUUGA